AUGAAAGACGUGGAUUCAGCCAACGACGAGAAGGAAACAAAGACGACGAGCGGUGCGAGCGCGAGUAAAUCAAACUUCGACUCCGUCGUCGUCCACCCGUUAGUUUUGCUCUCCGUGGUCGAUCACUUUAAAAGAGUCGACGAGGGCGACGAGGACGACGACCAAGAAGACGAGGACGAGGACGAUUCGAACCAACAGGCGAAACGACGCGUCGUCGGCGUCUUACUCGGUUCCGUGGCGAACGACCGUUUGGACAUCACGUCGUCGUUCGCGGUACCUUUCGAGGAGGACCCGUCGGAUGCGUCGAUUUGGUUUUUCGAUCACGCGUACGCGGAACAAAUGUACCGAAUGCACUCGAGAAUACACGCGAAGGAGAAAGUGGUCGGAUGGUAUUCCACCGGGCCGAAAAUCCGGGAGAAUGAUUUAGACAUCGGGGAGUUGUUUGAGAAAUAUUGCGCGGAUCCGGUGUUGGUUAUCGUGAACUUAUCGCCGACGGCGGACGACGCGCCGACGAAUGCGUACAGGGCGGUGUUGGACGUGAAGGAAGACGGAACGAUGACGCAGAAAGCGCAGAAGACGCACGAGCACGUGCCGUGUACGAUUGAGGCGAGCGACCCGGAGGCGAUUGGCGUUGAGCAUUUGUUGAGAGACGUGAAGGACGCGACGGUGAGCACGCUGAGCACGCAAGUGAAAGAGAAAGCCAGAGCGUUGAGAGGAUUGGAAACGAGAUUAAAAGAGAUUAAGAAAUACAUGGAGUUGGUGUUGAGCGAUCAGUUACCGGUGAACCAGGAGAUAUUGGGAGAGUUACAAAACGCGUUCAACGGGUUACCGAAUUUGAAUUUAGAGAGUUACGUCAAGGCGUUCGCGGUGGAAACGAACGACGCGCAGUUGGUAAUUUAUUUAGGCGCGCUCAUAAGAACCGUGGUCGCGUUGCACGAUUUAAUUAAUAACAAGAUGGAACAGAAAGAACGCGAACGGGUGAGCGACAUGCACGAUGCGGAGGAUACCGUCGACGGCGGCGUUGGCGCUGAUGAAGACGCGAUGAAGAAGAAGAAGGAAGAAGAGGAGAAAGAGAGUAACGACAAAGAGAACGAUAAGAGCGUAUCGAACAAGAAGAAGUAA